AUGUCCGGCACCACACCACUCCCAGAGAAAUUCGAUGACCUUCCUGACAAGCGCCGGUAUUGGCCUGCACCCGCCGGCUCGGAGGAGGAAGGCCUUGGCAUGUUGCGCAUCCUGACGCCAGAAAUAGUCGCGGACGCGGCGCGGACGCAGAUCCAGACCGGCGAGCGGGUGUGUCUGAACUGGAAUAUAGAGAACCUGAGCCCUCCAGGAUUCGGUCGCAAGCCCUUUGAGCACCGCAUCAAAUGGGUCGCCGAGGGCGUCGCCUUCGACGACGAAUAUCACUUCAACCCUCAACAAUCCUCGCAGUGGGACGGGCUUCGCCACCACAACGCCCCUGCCCCGACACCGGAGAACCCCCAGCGCCGCGUCUUCUACGGCGGCACGACAUCUGAAGAGAUCAUAGACACCGACUCGCCGCGCAUUGGAAUUGGUCACUGGGCCAAAAAGGGCAUUGCAGGUCGCGGCGUGCUCAUCGAUUACGUCUCGUACGCGGAGAAAAGAGGGAUACCCUUGAACGCUCUCAGCCGACAAAUGAUCUCGCUCGACGAGGUUCAAGAAAUCGUGCAAGAGUGCAAUAUCACUUUCCAGAAGGGCGAUAUCUUCUUCCUCCGCGUUGGUCUACCACGGACCUGGGCAGCCAUGUCACCAGAGCAGCGCAAGGCGUACAGCGAGCAGCCGAUGCCGCAACAUGCAGGCAUCGAGCAGAGCGAGCGCGUGCUGCGGUUUAUGUGGGAUCACCAUUUUGCGGCUGUGGCUUCUGAUGCUGUGAGCUUUGAGGUCUUCCCGGCUAUUAACGAGGAGUAUGACCUGCACCACCACCUGCUCGCGGGUUGGGGUGUGCCUAUCGGCGAGAUGUUUGAUUUAGAGGAGUUGGCGGCCACUUGCAAGAAACUGGGUCGUUGGAGCUUUUUCAUCUCAAGUAGUCCAUUGAACUGCGCGCGAGGCGUGUCAAGUCCGCCGAAUUGUAUGGCGAUCUUUUAG